AUGCUCGAGAUGAGUUCAGAUCCAAGAAUGCAUGAAAUGAUUUUGGCAUUACAAGAAAAACUAGUUCAAACGGUUUCCAGUACCCUAGAAGAAGAUCGAAAGGUCGUACUGGGCUACCGGAAGGAACCUCGCGAACUACCAGCAUCGCGACGACAAACAGAACUAGAGGAUAAGAUUGGAGGUAUUUUAGACAUUCUUGAUAUUGAGUGUCGUCCUGAAUCAGUCUACAGGAUGGGAGCAUUUUCGGAUUCGAAAACUAGGUUAGUUAAAGUUCUAUUGCCGUCUAAGUUCCACUGGUCAAAGGUUCUUGCUAAUGCACGUCUGCUGCGUCGAUCCACAAUGUCUGAUGUGUUCAUAAGGCGCAGUAUGUCAACUGAAGAGCGGGCAAUGGACUACAAACUUAGGCAGCAGGCUAAGGAGUUGAAUAAAAGUGCAGGAUUCAAGGAGUGGGUAGUUUAUAAAAGUGAACUGAAGAAGACCAGCGAGCUGCCCUCGAUUAGAGCGGGGAAACCGUCAGUGAUGCGUGGGAACUGCACCCACUUGCGUUGUUUCUUGUUCAAUUCGCGCAGUUUGGUUAACAAGCUGUCGCUUUUGCAUGCGUUUGUUGCUAUUAAUGAUCCUGAUCUAUUAUUAGUCACAGAAACUUGGCUUGAUGAGAGAACUAGUGAUACAGAAGUAUUGGGUGGCCUAAACUAUAAGCUAAUUCGAAGCGAUCGGGGUUGCCAGAGAGGAGGGGGAGUAUGUUGCCUGGUUCGGGAUGAUUUGCGAUUGCAAGUCAGUCCGAAUCGACAUAAGCAAUCUUCCUUCGACGUGCUCUGGUUCGAUAUCACUUCGGAGUUCUCUACUGAGCCUUUGCGGCUAGCUGUUGUUUAUCGGCCACCACAGUCCACGGCUAAUGAUGAUAAUGAGUUAAUUGAUUCUCUAUAUGACAUAUGUUCCACAACAAACCCCACUGUUAUAACUGGUGAUUUCAACUUGAGCAUUGACUGGGAGAAUGACAAAGCAGUCAAAGGAGCCGAUAUGCGAUUCAAAGAAGCCUUUGAGUGCUGCGAGCUCAAACAAUGGGUUAAGUCCUUUACUCGCGGGGAAUCCGUCUUGGACCUGAUUUUAUCUUCUGGAACUAAGACUGGAAAUGUCCUCCUCUCGGGAACUCUGAUCAUAAUAUUGUAA